AUUAUAUUGAAGAAAAUCCAUGAAUUUUGUGAUGAAUUAACUCAAUGCGGGUGAUCAGCAGAGCCAUAGUGAUCGGAAACGGCGUCGCCGGCGCCCAAAAUCAGUGCAUCGGCUUGCUUCGAGCUAUGGAUAGAUACACACUCUAUCGUGUUAAUCGGCAUAAACUUCGUUGGUUGCCAUAUAAUGUGCACAAACAAUUAGUUGAGUGGAUUCGUGGUAAACCAGCGAAGAAAUUGAUGCCCUUUCCUGCAGAUGCAAGAUAUAUCGCCAAAGCUGCUCAUCCCACAUUUGGGAGGGAUGGCCCCAUCUUGGUGGUUGCAUCAGGUCAUGAUACCAUCACUAUAGCAAGUUCCAUCAAGAAUUUGGUUCCAGACAAUGUCUUUCUUGUUCAGAUACAACACCCAAGGUCUCGUCUACACAGAUUUGAUCUAGUGAUAACACCUCAGCAUGAUUAUUACCCCUUAUCGCCUGAGGCACGAGAACAAAUCCCUUUAUUUCUAAGAAGGUGGGUAACACCUCGAAAGCCUCCUGAUAAACAUGUGGUCCUUACAGUGGGAGCUCUACACCAGGCUGAUUCUGAUGCUUUGAGAAGUGCAGCUUCUGCAUGGCAUGAUGAGAUGGCACUCUUGCCUAAGCCCUUACUUGUUGUUUCCGUUGGAGGCCCUACAAGACAUUGCAGAUAUGGUGCUGAUCUUGCAAUGCAGCUUACAGCUUCAUUAAAAAGUGUUCUUCCUACUUGUGGAAGCAUCAGAAUAUCGUUUUCUCGUCGAACUCCCAAGAUUGUGUCUGAAAUUAUUUUGACUGAACUCUCAAACCAUCCAAAAGUAUACAUUCGGAACGAUCAAGAUCCAAAUCCACAUAUGGGACAUCUAGCUUUAGCAGAUGCUUUUGUAAUUACAGCUGAUUCAGUAAGCAUGUUGAGUGAAGCUUGCAGUACAGGGAAUCCUGUGUAUGUAAUCGGAGCAGAGCGGUGUACAUGGAAGUUUUCACAUUUUAUCAGAACCCUGCAUAGCAGAGGAGCAGUUCGACCAUUCACCGGUACAGAAAAUAUUUGUGAGAAAUGGGAGUGUGUUCCACUUGAUGAUACUGAGAAGGCUGUUGGGGAAGUGAUAAAGGCUGUUGCAGAACGUGGAUGGAGAUUGCUGCCUUAUUCAACCAGGGAUCCAAAUCAACUGCCUACUAAGUAUUGUGAAGGUGAUGAUGGAAUUAGGGAAGUGCCACUGGCCAAGAAUUUGGCUAACUUGGUGAUGGAGGUUUCCUUAAACUCAACUGACAAAGCCGGGCUAGAAAUCCAUCGAGUUGAUGAAAGAUAUGAAAAAAAUGACCUGGCUAAGAAUUUGGCGUCAUUGGUUCAAGAAUCUUAUGAAGUUUCCAACAAAGAAUCAAAGCCAAAAACCCGUGUGGAGAUCAAAAGGUUUCUUGAGAUGCGAAUAAAGAAGAAGGUGAAAGCACAAUACAGGAAUGGGAAGUACCACGACCUCAUGAUGAAAGUGAUUGCUGAUCCCAGCACUCUAAAGGAUGCAUAUGAUUGUAUAAGAUUGACCUCUAAUGUUGAUUUGGCAUUAGAUGGUGAUGACUUGCCCUUUUCGGCCAUUGCGGAAGAACUAGCUGAUGGAAACUUUGAUGUUGGGGCCCAUACGUAUUCAAUGCGGUCGAAAGGGCCAAAGUUCAAGAAAGAGGAACUUGUUUUACCAGAACUAAAGUUAAGGGUUGUUCAAGAAGCCAUUAGAAUAGUCUUGGAAGUUGUCUACCGCCCUCACUUCUCUAGAAUUUCGCACAGUCUACGAAGUAAUAGAGAUCAUUGGUCAGCGCUGAAGUAUAUCUGCAAAGAGAUACCUGAUCCGGACUGGUGGUUCACUUUGCCUAUUAACAAAAAUCUUGAUGACAGCAUCCUUCAAAAACUCCUGUCAUCAAUGGAGGGCAAGAUAGAAGAUCCUGUUUUAUGUGAUAUUAUAAAGGAUAUGUUUAAAGCCAGGGUGCUCAAUGUAGAGUUUGGAUCUUUUCCUAAAGGGCAUGGUCUUCCACAAGAAGGGGCCCUUUCACCUAUAUUGAUAAACAUAUAUCUUGAUCUCUUUGACCGUGAGGUGUACAGGAUGUCAAUGCACUACGAGACUUCACACACUCUUGGGUUUGAAGAACAGAAGAUGCACUCAAAGCUCCGUGGCUGGUUUAGGAAACAGAUAAGCGGCAGUAGUUUGCAACAACGCGAUUCUGGAAUGGACUCAGGGGUAAGGAUUCAUUGUUGUCGCUUUAUGGAUGAGGUCUUUUUUGCCUUUUCCGGUUCCAAAGAAGUCGCGUUGGCAUUCAAGUCUGAAAUUGAAGGGUUCUUAAAGAAUUCUCUCUACUUGGAGGUAGAUGAUAAAUCUGAUAUUUUAGCAUCCAAUGAUCCACGUGGUGUUAUAUUUCUUGGUACUUUGGUCAGAAGGCACGUGAAAGAGACUCCCGCUUUACGAGCUGUUCACAAGUUGAAGGACAAAGUCAAGAUAUUUGCUGAACAGAAACAAGAGUCUUGGGAUGCAGGAGCUCUCAGAAUUGGGAAGAAGUGGCUGGCUCAUGGACUCAAAAAGGUUAAAGAGUCGGAGAUAAAACAAUUAGCUGAUACUAGUUCCAUUUUACAUAAAAUUUCCUACUAUCGUAGAUCUGGGAUGAAAACAGACCACUGGUACAAGGUGCUGCUGAAAAUUUGGAUGCGGCAUGUAAAUGCUAAAAGUGUAGGGAAUGAAGAAAAACUGUUAACUAAGCUUGUUGUAGAACCGGCUCUUCCACAAGAACUAAGAGAUGCUUACUUCGAGUUUCAGAAACGAGCUAAAGAAUAUGUUGAUUCCGAGUCAUCUUCGACACUCGCACUUUUAACCGGCUCCAGUUCUUCACCUAAACCUCUUUUUACAACAGAAACUGUUGUCCCACUAAACGUCUUAAUGAAACGUCUUCAUCGCUAUGGAUUGACUAAUAGGGAGGGAUAUGGUCGGCCAUGCUACGUACUAAUCUUACUGGAUCACGAUCAAAUCAUUGAUUGGUUUACAGGGAUACUCCACCGCUGGCUAAGAUGGCACAGGGGAUGCAACAACUUUAAUGAAGUGAAGCACUUAAUCUGUGAUCAAGUAAGAAUGUCAUGCAUCCGAACACUAGUUGUGAAGUAUAGGAUUCACGAGUCGGAUAUUGAGAAGAAAUUUGAUUCAGAGCCGAGCAGAAUCCCCUCAACGGAAGAUAUUGAACUUGAGGAAGCAAUCACGGAACUGAUUCCUCCGGAAUAUAACUUUGAUGGCGCCUUAAUGUAUGGAAUACAAUACAGUGGUUUAUGUUCAUUGUCUUUGGCUAGAAUGGUGAGUGAGUCCCGCCCUUGCUAUUGUUUCGUCAUAGGGUGCUCAGCCUUAGUCUCAUGUGUUUAUACUCUUCAUGUAAUGGAAAGACAAAAAUUUCCAGCUUGGAAGACUGGAUUUUCAAGUUGUAUACAUCCCAGCUUACACAGGAGAAGAAUAGGAUUAUGUAAAAAGCAUGUGAAAGAUUUGUUUCUUGGAAACAUAUCACUUCAAUCAAUAGGAUUUGGUACUUGGAGGUGAAUUCUGCUCUUUGAACAUGUUGCUUCUAUCCAUCCAUGCUGU